AUGGAGAUCUUCCACGGAAACAUGAAGGGACAGGGCGUCAACAAAAUGCUUCAAAACAACCACCACAACAACGACCACCACAACAACAACAACGACCACCACAACAACAACGAUCACAACAACAACGACCACCACAACAACAACGACCACCACAACAACGAACACAAACACAGCGGCCACAUGAGUAGUCACACUGACUACAACAAAAAUCGCAAACCCAAUCAACACACCAAUCUUAGCGAAAAUAGAAACAUCAACAAAAAUGCGACUAUAAACGAAAUUAACGCUAAAAACAUUGUCCAUGGCAUUUAUAAUGAAAACAUUGGUAUCAAUUUAAUAGGAAGGAGAAGCGGCAACAUCAUCAACGGAUUUGAUUCUAACGCAACCACUCAAACAGAGUCCUCUGAAACGUCUGCAUUCCACCAUUCAUAUACAAUACACCAACAACAGCAUCAAAUUCUCAAUUCGGAAUAUAAUUCUUAUAAUCAUGGACUGAUUGAAAGCGAUCAAACAUUGAUUGCACGACCAAAACUUGAUAUUAACAACCCCAUGCCAGCUUCCAUGGUGCUGGCUCGUUUUUUACCGAAAUCGUUAAAGGACGAAAAAUCGGAUGACGUCGUCUCACUCGAAUUACUUGAUAACAAAACUGUCAACCAGUCGAAUAAAGAAACAAACUUCAACACCACACAAAUUUCAUUUAAAGCCGAAUUAACGAACCCACUAGCGGAGAAAACAUCUGAUUUUAAAGAAAACUAUGUUUUAACGGCUCUGCCAUCACUGCACGAUCAACAAGCAUCUUCAUGUCAAACACCCAGUGGAGAGGAUGUUGUGUUGAAGUUUGCAGUUUUUGAGGUCCAGGAUCUCACUGAUGAGUUGAGGAGGUUGAAGGAAUUACUCGAUUCUAUGGCCUGUCUCGGUGGCGAGCAGAAUGAAGAACCGAAUAUUAAUGUAGUACCGAGUACCGAUAACACCGAGCAGCAAAAUAAUACCAUCAUCGUUAAUGGCGAUUCUAUUGAGGAAAUGGAGACUGUGACAAUCAUGGAUACAGAAAUAAAAAAAGGUACUUACAACGGUUGUGAGGUGUCGCAAGGUAGGACUGAUUAUAAUUUCGAAGACUCACCCAGCCACCUUGGCUCUAACACCAUCAACCUCCAUAAUCAAAGUAACAUUUUUAACAACAGCUCUACCUCUAAUAAUACUAUUGGCGAUUUGAAUGACCACAGCAUUAUUUCUAGCACUACUGCCACUACCGGCGAUAUUUUAAAUAAUAUUAAUUUGGAUAGCAAAGCUGCCUCGAUAGUUCCUUCAGAUGACAGUUACAUUUGCGGUGGAGCAAUUAGCGCUAACAUGGCAGCCUCAGAUAACCGCGUUCCAACUGAAGUAACGAAGAAUAGUUCCAGCACCAACGCUCUGAAAACUGUUGCUAACAAGAACAACAUUGCAACCAUUAACAACUGCAACAACAAACACAACUCUGGUAGCAACGACAUUGAACGCCGAACAAAUGGUUAUAGCCAUGAUAUUAUUGAUGUCGAUGAUGGGGAUGAUGGUGACGGUGAAACACUCCUGACCUCCAAACAACAGAACAUGAUUGGCCAUGCCUGCUCUUAA